AUAGCAGCAGUAGGCAGCCGCCGGGUUCCUGCACAGAAGAGCCCUGGGCGGCGGGCACCCUGCCUCCGACGGAACAUGGCUGGGGAAAUCACCGAGACCGGGGACCUUUAUUCUCCCUACGUUGGGCUAGUGUACAUGUUCAACCUCAUCGUGGGGACGGGCGCCCUCACCAUGCCCAAGGCCUUCGCCACCGCCGGGUGGCUCGUCAGCCUGGUCCUGCUGAUCUUCCUGGGUUUCAUGAGCUUCGUGACCACGACCUUUGUGGUGGAAGCCAUGGCCGCAGCCAACGCCCAGCUCCGCUGGAAGAGGAUGGAAAACUACAAGGAGGAGGACGAGGACGACUCCUCCACCACCUCUGACAGCGACACGCUGACCCAGGACAGCUACGAGCGGGCCGAGCGCCGGCCCAUCCUGUCUGUGCAGCGACGUGGAUCUUCGAGCCUCUUUGAAAUCACGGACCGGGUGGAGAUGGGACAGAUGGCUUCCAUGUUCUUCAAUAAAGUGGGCGUCAACCUGUUCUAUUUCUGCAUCAUCGUGUACCUGUACGGAGACCUGGCCAUCUAUGCCGCCGCUGUGCCCCUCUCCCUCAUGCAGGUGACCUGCGCCUCAGGUAAUGACUCCUGCGGCCUGGAGACAGACAGCAGGCGCAACGACACAGACCCGUGCUGGGGCCCCAUCCGCCGCGUGGAUGCCUACCGCAUCUACUUGGCCAUCUUCACCCUCCUCCUGGGACCCUUCACCUUCUUUGACGUCCAGAAGACCAAGUACCUGCAGAUCCUGACGUCGCUGAUGCGGUGGGUCGCGUUCGCCAUCAUGAUUGUGCUGGCGCUGGUCCGCAUCGGGCACGGGCAGGGGGAGGGCCGCCCAGCCCUGGCCGACCCCGCGGGGCUCCGGAACCUGUUCGGCGUGUGCGUGUACUCCUUCAUGUGCCAGCACUCCCUGCCGUCCCUCCUCACCCCCGUGUCCUCCAAGCGCCACCUGACGCGGCUGGUCCUGCUGGACUACGUGCUCAUCCUGGCCUUCUACAGCCUCCUCUCCUUCACCGCCAUCUUCUGCUUCCGCGGCGACAGCCUGCUGGACAUGUACACCCUCAACUUUGCGCGCUGCGACGUGGUGAGCGUGGCGGCCGUGCGCUUCUUCCUGGGCCUCUUCCCGGUGUUCACCAUCAGCACCAACUUCCCCAUCAUCGCCGUCACGCUGCGCAACAACUGGAAGACGCUCUUCCACCGCGAGGGCGGCACCUACCCCUGGGUGGUGGACCGCCUGGCCUUCCCCACCAUCACGCUGCUGCCCCCCGUGGUCGUGGCCUUCUGCACCCACGACCUGGAGUCCCUAGUGGCCAUCACCGGGGCCUACGCAGGCACCGGCAUCCAGUACGUCAUCCCCGCCUUCCUGGUUUUCCACUGCCGCAAGGACAUCCGGCUGGCCUUCGGCCCCGGCACCGCCAACAAGCACGCAUCCCCCUUCCACCACACCCUCUGGGUGGGCUUUGUGCUGCUCUGGGCCUUCUCCUGCCUCUUCUUCGUCACGGCCAACAUCAUCCUCAGCGAGACCAAGCUCUGACGGCAGGACCCCACCCCUGCUCAGGCUCAGCCUGCCCGGCCGCCGCAGACCCUCCUGGCCCCCAUGGGGGAAGACGAGGGGCACUGGGCGUCCACCACCUGGCCCCCCUCCUCCCCCCGACGCACGCCAGCCAGGCCAAGCAGCCUGGCCCCAGGACCAGUCCUCAUUAGCGUCGCCUCUGCUGUAAGCCGGCAGGUGCCCACCCCACCCAGGUGGUGGGUCACAGCGCUGGUGCUGCUGCUUCUGUAUAAGAGACUACUCGCCCACCCACCCCACCCCCCAAGGCAGCUCCGCGCACAUUCAGCAGGAGCUGCUGCCUUCUGUCCUCCCCGCGCUGCGGUGACAGGGCUGGUCUGGCCACCAGGUGAGCACAGGAAGUGCCAGAGCCAUGGGGACAGCAGGCUGUGUCCCCGCUGUGAGGUCACAGCAGCCCCUGGGUUGGGUUUAACCCUGAGCUGUGACCUCUGCUGUCCACUGCUCACAGGGGCUUCACAACGGGCACCUCCAGCACUGCCUGUGCUAAUGAACUCCACGCCAAGGGGCCGCAGGUGUGGGGAGGGCCCACUUCCCAGCUACCUGCCCCUCGGUCUCCCAGGCACCGGACACAGUUGAAGCUGAUGAAGUCUGAGUUGUUAUUGUGCCUUCUGCUUCAGGCCCCGGGGCCUUCAGGGCCCUGCUGGCCGGGGGCCUGGAGCUGCCUCAGGUGGGGGGCCCGGGCCCCACCUCCCUCUCUUGAUGUUAGUGCCUUGCGCAGCCCUCUUCCUGGGGACACUGUCCCCCCACCCCGGUAUCCUUGCACCUAGGACAGCAGGCUGGCUUGGUCUCCCGGGGUCAAGGCAAGGGUGCUGCCUGAGGAUAAAGUUGGCUGGGGUCCACAGCAAUCCCCGAGCCCGCCCGUGGGGUACGUUAGGCCCUGGAGGCUGCACCUGCUCACCUUCAGCUCCCAAAGCAUGCCUUCCAGUCUUCCCCGUCCACAAGGUCGGCCAGUAUGCGCUGCUUUCCCCCCUGCCCUUGGGCUCUUUCCCAGGGGGCGCCUCCCCGGGGCUUGUGGAACAGGAGGGUGCUAAGGUGGUAGCCCCAGGGAUGAGGAAGACAGAGCCAGCCCUCCCCAGAGCUGCCUGGCUGGCUGACACUAAGAACUCCAUGAAAACAGCUGCAAGUACGCUCCCUCCAACUUAAAUUAAGGGCACCGCCAAUUGAAUCCCCCCCGCCCCAGGCUCCACGUCGAGUUUGGGAUGAAGUGGCUGAAAGCCCAGGUUGGUUCGGUGACACUCAUGAGCCACACACCACAGCCAGUUGGACUGUUGGCCCUGCCACCUCCGCUGUGGAGGCCACCAGUGCCCCCGUUGACCACACUAUCUGCCCUCCUGGAGGGAUCGCCACCUUCUCCAACCAGUGGGGGUCCAGGCAAGUGGGAGAGGACCCCCACUGGCUACAUGCCCCCCUCCCCCCCGGGCUGGCUCUCGUGUGUGUGUCCACUCCACUGGCCCUGAGUUUCCAGGCCACCUUGGUGAACCGGGUCCCAGUUUCCCCUUUACAGAUGGACCCAGGCUCCCGGCGGCCAGCCUGGCCCGGGGAUGGGUGUCAAUUUAGGGAGCAGCUUUGCCCACAUUACAGGGCCCGCACUGGCCCCCUAGGACAGGCCAACACUCUACCUUGCUCCCUGCCUGAGCCUCCCAACCUGUCCCUGCCGGUCACACCUGGCCAAUCCCUCACCUGAGGCUCUGGAUGGGGCAGGUGGGAAGUGGCCAGUGGGCACCUCGCCAAACCCUGGGCCACACAGCUGUUCUCACUACUUGGGGCCAAGAGCAGAAGCUGAAGUUGGCGUGGUUAGGAGUGCUAGUUUCUGCCACAUACCCCCACCCCACAGGCAGCACGUGGAGCAGGGGAGGCUGGCAGUGCCAGGCCUGGGCCAGGAGACUGUGGGAAGCAAGCCAGAUGCCUGCCUCAGCCACGAGAAAGAUGACCCUCUGAGGCCAAGACCCAGGACCGUCCACGGAGCUUUGCAGGUUGUGGGGCCAACAGAGCAGUGACAGGCUGGGGACAAGAAGGACAAAGGUCAGCCUGCAGCAACAGUGGCCACACAAGGGACUGGACUAAAAGCAGCCCUGCCAGGUGGCUCUGUGGCUCAUCCAUCCCUGUAAAAUGGGGUGAGUGUUUGGGACGCGGCCGCUCAGGCCUACUCAGUAAAGCCAUUAUUUAUGGGUU